AUGAUGCAAGAUCAAGUUGACUCAGAGAGAAGCACAGAGAAUAUUUCUAGGAGUAGAACGCGCUUUACCAUAAAGCAGAUAAUACGCGGGUCUAAAAGAAUAUUCACUGUAAGCGUACAGGGUGCCAAGGCAGUGGCAACACAUGUUAAAAAAGCUGCCGUCAAAAGUAAAGAAAUAGUGAGUGAAACCAUUCCUAGAGGUGUCCGGUCAGCGACACGUCGGUCUGUAAGAACAGUCAAGAAAGGUGUUGUACUUGUGGCUAAGACAGUUUUACCGUGUGUGGGAAAGGAUCAUGCAGAGGAUACAGAGUCAGAGGAGCUAGAAAACCUAGGAAAUGUUACAGAUAUAGAAAGUACUGUAGACAAAGCACUGCCCAUACCAAAUACUCAGUCAAGAGAAGUAGUACUACUGGAUACGAUACAUAGUAAAAAGGAUAAGUCAGAAGACAGAAUAGUUGGAUUUGUGCCAUCCACUUUUUUUCUUCCUGAUCCUAUUAUAUUGUGCAUUAGGGAUGUACACUCAUUACAAGUAAUUUACAACGCAUGCAAUGUACUUGUAAGUGUAGGUGGGUUAAACAUUUCCCGGGCAUUUGGAAUAUCUUACAGAUUAUAUAUGCUCGGCUUAAUCCCAGCACAUAAUAAUAGAACACCUCAGAACAAGACAAUCCCCACUGAAAUGAAUUUAGGAUUAAUAGAGACAAACAGUCAAACAAUAAUCCUCAAGAGCAAGGAAAUGACUAAUUCACUUGGAAAUACACAGAAUUCUCCAUUACAGAAUACGGUUAAAAAGAACAUUUUUAAUGGUUUAAGUAGUAAAUUAGAUCUGUCCAUUAAAGAUAGUGCUGAAUCAAUUGAGAAUGGUCAUAUUCUCUGUGAGCCAGAGAGCAUUAGCACUAAAAAAACCAUACAGCCAGAAGUGCCAUUAACUAGAGAAGAAAUUGAUAGAAGACACAGAGCAAUCCGUCAACAAAAAAUGAAAAACAAAGAAAAGCCUCUUCUUUCAAAAAGCUCGCAAAGACAUGCAAAUAAAUGUCUUAAGAAAGCGCAAAGACUAAGAAAAACCAAUGACCAGAAAUAA